AUGAAGCUAUUGAUUGUACUGAGUGUGGUGUUGGCAGUCCUUAUCGGGUUGUCUAGCGCAAAACCGUCGAGCUCUGGAAGUUGUUCAAAGCAGGACGAAGGAAAAACGUACGGUUUGCCGGAAGACUGCCAUCAGUAUGUGAUCUGCAAGAAAGGUAAACUCGAGACUGAGCAAUGCCCGAGCAAGUACAACUACGACACAGCCACAGACAAGUGUGUGAAGGCCAAGUAUGCGACCUGUGCAGUGAAGGACACUCCGCUGGAGCCCGUAGAAACCAACGAGAAGUACGACUACCUUUGCACGAAGGUGUUGUAUGGAGUUCGAGUCCACCCCGAAGGAUGUGACAAGUACCUGGUCUGUACGAAGGAAAAGGCAGAGAUUCAAUACUGCGACGACGGAUUCAUCUUUUUGGCCAGUUCCAUUAGCUGUGUUGAGGGUGAUAAAGUGUCGUGUACGGUUAAAGUUAUCGAACCGAUCACAACAGCAAGCCCACCGAAGACAUCAAACGACUCUGAUGAGAGUGGAUCUUCGGAAUCUGAUGAAAGCUCCUCAAAAGAGGGUGGAAAGUAUGAUUCGCUGUGUGACAAGAAGUCAUCAGGAAAUGUGGCUCACCCUGAAUCGUGCACGAAAUACAUUUCAUGCUCAAAGAACAAGGCCCAAGAGAAGGACUGCAAGAAGGGCUACUCUUAUUCUUCCAAGGACAAAAAAUGCGUGAAACAGAAGAAUGGAGAGUGUGCCGAUGCUCCUCAGACAACUACUUCGACUACGACUACAACAACCACUACCAGCGUACCCGUACCAGCAGGAAAGUACGACUACCUGUGUGAGAAUGUUUACUUUGGAAACCGUGCCCAUCCUGAGUCCUGUACGAAGUACAUCUCGUGCUCGAAGAACAAGGCUCAGGAGAAAGACUGUAAGAGCGGGUUCUAUUUCUCCGUCUACCUAAGACUGUGCAUCCCAGGAAACAGUGAAACCUGCUCGGAGAACAACGGUGGCAAUCAUGAAACGCAGCCACCAACGGAACCGUCCGUCGAAGAAACGACUCCAACGAAACCGUCCGUCGAAGAAACGACUCCAACGAAACCGUCCGUCGAAGAAACGACCCCAACGGAACCGUCCGUCGAAGAAACGACCCCAACGGAACUGGUGACUCUUCCGCAGAUUGGUGGAGAUCCAGGUCAGCCAAGCAAUGACUGUUCCGUGGGCUUCACAGGCUACCUGCCGAUGCAGAACGAUUGCACGACCUACGUGUACUGCUUCCAGGGAGAACCAUUACAACGUUCGUGUCUCGAAAACUACAUCUACUACGCGCCACUAACGACGUGCCUGCCAGGUGACCCGGUCCUGUGCCAACUGUACUCGGUUUAG